AUGUCGUGGUUGUUUGGAACUAACCAAGGGCAAAAUCCAUCGAUUCCUCCACCUGCAGGUUUCCCACCUACACCACCUGGAGGAGAUGAAAAGGGAAAUAAAGGCGGCGGUGGUUCUAAAAGUGAUGCUUACCGGUUUGACUCAGCCGCCCUUGAAAAAGCCGCACGUGCAGCAAAAGAAUUAGAAGCAUCAAAACAUGCCAAAGAAGCAUUUGAACUCACUCGCAUGCAGGAACAAACUGCACAGAUUGAACACCAGCAUAAAAUCAAGGAAUUGGAAGCACAAAUGGAAGCCAUGAAACUGGAUCAGAAACGUGUUGCUGAAGAAGAACGUCGAAAAACAAUGCAAGAAGAAACAAAGCAACAUCAACAAAGAGCUCAAUAUAAUGAUCAAUUGUCAAGAAAGAGAUAUGAUGAUCAAUUGAUACAACAGGCUCGUAUGAAUGAAGAAAAUCUUAAAAAACAAGAAGAAUCUGUGAAGAAGCAAGAAGCUAUGAGAAGAGCUUCUCUUGAGCAUGAAGCUGAACUGCGUCAAAAGACGGAAAUGGCAAGGAUUAAAGCAGAAAUGGCUGGUAGAGCUAAGAUAGAUAGAGAAAAUCAAGAUUUAAUCAGAGAACAAAUUAGAUUAAAGGCAGUAGAAAAUAGACAAACAGUAUUAGAGUCAAUCAAGACAGUUGGUUCUGUGUUAGGAACUGGCUUUCAAGCUUUUAUAAAUGAUUGGGAUAAAGUCUCAGCUACGGCAGCUGGGUUAACUCUAGUAGCUAUUGGUGUAUACACUGCUAAAUAUGGUACUGGAGUGACGGCACGCUAUAUUGAAUCUAGAUUAGGUAAACCAUCAUUAGUAAGAGAUACCUCGAGAUUAACAGUGUUGGAAGCUAUCAAACAUCCCAUUAAUGUAAUGAAACAGUUAAAGUCAAAACCUGAAGAUGCUUUACAAGGAAUUAUAUUAAAGCCCUCAUUAGAAGAAAGGUUACGAGAUAUUGCUAUAGCUACAAAACAUACACGAAAAAAUAAAGGUUUCUAUAGAAAUAUAUUAAUGUAUGGACCUCCCGGUACUGGAAAAACCAUGUUUGCAAAGAGUUUAGCUCGACAUUCUGGUAUGGAUUAUGCUAUAAUGACUGGUGGAGAUAUAGCUCCAAUGGGUAAAGAAGGAGUCACAGCAAUGCACAAAGUGUUUGAUUGGGCACAAACAAGUCGAAGAGGUGUACUUUUAUUUGUUGAUGAAGCAGACGCAUUUUUACGCAAGAGAAGCACGGAAAUGAUUAGUGAAGAUAUGAGAGCAACAUUAAAUGCAUUUCUCUAUAGAACAGGAGAACAAUCAAAAAAAUUUAUGUUAGUACUAGCUAGUAAUCAACCAGAACAGUUUGAUUGGGCUAUCAAUGAUAGAUUAGAUGAGAUGGUAGAGUUUGAUGUUCCUAGUUUAGAAGAAAGAGAAAGAAUGUGUCGACAUUAUUUCCAUGAAUAUGUAUUAAAACCUGCUUCAGAAAGAUCAAGAUUAAAAGUAGAUCAAUUUGAUUACGGUGUGAAAUGUGCAGAAAUUGCAAAGAAAACAUCAGGGUUGUCUGGUCGGGAAAUAGCUAAGUUAGGUGUAGCUUGGCAGGCUCGAGCUUAUGCAUCAGAAGAUGGGGUUUUGAUAGAGAAAAUGAUUGAUUCUGUUGUAGCAGACUCUAUCAAACAACAUCAAAAGAAAAUUUUGUGGCAACAGGAACAAGAAAAAUCUCAA